AUGGGCGACCACGCUACCAUCAACAACCCCUCCGCCUCCGAGGCUACCUUCGCCGAGAAGGGCAAGGGCAAGGCCCAGGACCCCGAGCUGAGCAUGGAGGAGGACAGUGACUCCGAGUCUGAUAACGGUGACGAGAUGGUUGACCACGACGACGAGGAAGUUGACGACAACCUGGAGCCCAUCUCCGAAGACAACAUCAUCUCCGGUGGCCGCCGCACCCGCGGUAAGAACAUCAACUGGGAGGAGGUGCGCAACAAGAACUCCGACGAGAUGGAGGAGGACGAAGACGACGACGAGGACUACCAGGGUGGUCACGAUGACGACCAGAUGCGCGACUAA